UCAGCAGCUGAGGGACCGGCAUCAGUCCUUUCUGAAUACACUAACAUGAACGCCAAGGUCCUCAUCCUCCUCGGUCUGGCAGCCUUUGCCGCUGCAGACAGCUUUGAGUCCUACGAAUACAGGCCUCCAAGUAGGUCUUCUGAGGAAUCGUACGAGUCCGGUGAGGCCAAGUACGACUUCAACUGGGCUGUCGAUCACGACCCUUCAAGCAACGAGUUCGGACACCAGGAGGCCCGCGACGGCGACCACACUCAGGGAUCCUACUACGUGCAGCUCCCCGACGGCCGCCUGCAGACCGUCAAGUACUUCGUGGACGGCGACUCCGGCUACGUGGCUGAGGUCAACUACGAGGGCGAGGCUUCCUUCGAAUCUGGUUCCGACGAAUCUCGGGAAUACAGAUACAGAUACGACUCCAACGAGUCCAAGUGAAUCGCUAGUCAUCUCUGAAAUCUGCAAAUCCUUUUGUUCAAUCUGUACGAAUGUUUAUGAAUACAUAUUAAUAACUGAAC